AUGCCAGCAGCAUCCUCCACAUCCGCAGCAUCGAUAAAGUCAGGGGCAGGAGCAUCCACAGCCACCACCUCGCUACCCGGCUCGCUCGAAGAGGCCAAAGAGCGCUACGAGUCGACCAAGUCCACGCUGCGCUCCGGUCUUUCCAAAAAGCGACAAAUUGAUCGAACAUUGACGGAUCUCGAAUCUCAGAUCUACCUCUUCGAAGGAAGUUAUCUAUCCAGCACAGCUUCUAGCGGUGGGAACAUCAUCAAGGGAUUCGAUGGCUAUCUAAAGUUGGCACAUGGUGGGAGGAGCGGGGGGACUGGAGGGGGAGGAGGAUCAGGAGGCAUCUCGGGAUCCAUGUUAGGACUCGCGCCUUCUGAAAUCCCAAUCGAAGACAGAUUGUUUAGCACUUCAUCAGCAACCUAUACGCGUUCGCUGGAGCUCAAGGCUAAUGAGGGCAAAAAAGCAGCGAGCCACGCAACGGCUUCAUCCGCACGCAAUUCUGUCGCUGGGGCAGGCGCGGACGAUGCUCCGCCGCCCCCUUCCAAGAAGACGUCGGCGGCUGCCAACAAGGCUGGUAGUCCAACUCCCUCUACUACACACGACGAACCUUCACAGAGCACGAGCACGGCUACGAGCACCAAAAAGAAGAGGAAAGAAGCCCCGAAUGCCUCGGCAGGAGCGAACGCGAGCGGAGAGAGCAAGAAGAAGAAGAAGAAAGAGGAAGAUUGAGGGUUGGACAGCCAGGGGCCGUCGAGAGGAGAGAUAUGUGUGCCAUAUCCACUUUUCCAGAUGGCCCAACGCAUCUUUUAGCGCAGAUUUUCUGGCCGCAGGCAGCGCAGCCUUACGGACUUAGAAAGCACUUCGACAUGGACUUCGAAGUGACAUCAAAUGGCAAUUCUAUCGAGCAUCACGGCAUCACAGUGUCUAUGAAUCAAACGCGCGCUAUAUGCUUGUAUCCGGGCAGGAGGAAGCGAGAGGGCUCCGGCCUGCGCUCAUAG